AUGGGAUAAAAUUGCAGUGAAUGCAGUAAUGUUGACAAUGAAAUAACCCUAGAGAGCAGAUAAGUAACAGAACCAGUAUCUUAUCGUUACUUUACAAAAAGUGAAGCCCAAUAUGCUUUGAAUAAUACAGCAGAAGAGUUGAAAAAUAGAAAGGAAAGAGAAAAGAGAUUUACUUUUGAAUUUGAUGAUGGAAGCAAAUAUAUAGGAGAGUGGGUAGGGAAUAAAAGAGAUGGUUAUGGAGUAAUGGAAUGGAAGGAUGGAACUAAAUAUGAAGGAUUUUGGAAAAAUAAUAAAGCGAAUGGAUAAGGAAGAUUCUUGCAUAUAGAUGGGGAUUAUUAUGAAGGAUAGUUUGUAAAUAAUUUAUGCUCUGGUUAUGGUAUAUAUCAAUAUUCUAAUGGACACAGAUAUGAGGGAGAUUGGAAAGAAGAUAAAUUCGAAGGUUUGGGGAAGGAAUUUUGGCCAGAUGGAAGCUAUUAUAUUGGUUCUUAUGUGAAUGGGGAGAAGAACGGAAAAGGGAAAUACAUUUGGGCAGAUGGAAAUUCAUAUGAUGGGGAUUGGUGUAAUAAUAAGAUGAAUGGGUUUGGCAUUUAUAAAUGGAAUAAUGGUUGUAUUUAUAAAGGGGAAUGGCUAGAUAAUAAUAUGCACGGAUAGGGUGAGUAUUUAUGGCCGGAUGGGAAGAAAUAUUGUGGAAACUAUGAAAAUGACAAGAAAAAUGGAUUUGAAAAUAUGAAGGACAAUGGUUUGAUGGCAAAUAGCAUGGAGAGGGCAUAAUUUAUGAAUAGGAUGGCAAUUAUAAGAAAGGGGAAUGGAGAGAAGGGAAGUUAAUUAACUAUAUGGAAAUAUAUUUUAUUUUUAAAUGGUAAUGAAUAUCACAAUUAAUCAUGGUAGGGAGUAGACGCAUAUAAGAAGACAAGAGUAUAAAGGAAUGUUGGAAGAAAAGUAACAUCAACCAACCUCUAUUUGAAAUUAUUAAUCAAGUUAUAUAAAUUCUUAGCCAGAAGAACAGAUUCCAAUUUCAAUGCUACAGUUUUAAGAAGACUUUAAUAAACCAGAACUGCCAGAUAUCCAAUUAGUGUAAGCAGACUUGUGAAAUAAAUUAAUACUGCUAAAGAUAAGACAAGAACAUUGGUUGUAGUUGGGACUGUUACAGAUGAUGUACGUCUUCUCACUGUUCCUAAGAUCAAGGUAUUCACUGAGACAGCCAGAAAGAGAAUUCUUGCAGCUGGAGGAAAAACUUUGACUUUCGAUCAAUUAGCACAAUAAAACCCAACAGGCACAGGAACAAUAUUAUUGAGAGGACCAAGAGUGAGAGAAGAAUUAAAGCAUUUUGGCAGAGCUGCUGGUUUACCAGGAUCUCAUGCAAAACCCUAUGUUAGUCACACUGCAAGAAGAGGAAAAGGUGCAAGAUGAUUGUUUUUAAAGUACAUUAAUAUAUAAAAAAUAAAGAAAUAUUAGUGCAUUUUUUAUUA